AUGGAAAUGUUCAGAGAAGGAGGAUCAACUUCCAGACCCCCCAUGCUGGAAGGUUCUAACUAUCCCUAUUGGAAGACAAAGAUGAGAGCUUUCUUGAAGGCUGUGGAUGAACGAGUCUGGAUGGCAGUUGCCGAAGGUUGGUCACCUCCUACUGUUACUGACGAAGAAGGGGACAAGAUCAAAAAAUCCAGUGAAUGGACUACUGACGAAAUGGAACGAGCUAAUUUCAAUUCCAAAGCUCUUCAUGCCCUCUUCAAUGCUGUCUCGACUAAUCAACUGAAAGUUAUUUCGAACUGUGAAGUUGCCAAAGAUGCGUGGGAAAAGCUGAAAAUCAAGAAUGAGGGAACUGAUGCUGUUAAAAAGGCUCGACUUCGAUCUCUAGCAAAAUCCUUUGAGAAUCUGUCAAUGGAGGAAGAUGAAUCCGUCUCAGAAUUUCAUGCUAAGCUGUGUGACAUUUCCAAUGAAUCCUAUGCUCUUGGCAAAACUUACUCCAACAAGAAAUUGGUGAGAAAGCUACUAGGUGUUCUUCCAAAAAGAUUCAUGUCCAAAGUAACGUCUAUUGAAGAAAGCAGAGAUAUUGAAGCACUUGAUCUAGACGAAUUGAUUGGGUCACUCCAAAAUUAUGAGUUAACUCUUGAGAGAUGGGAGAAAGGGAAGAAAACCAAGAGUUCUGAGAAGGAGAAGAUCGAAAUGGAAGUUGCUUUCAUCCAUAAGGAAGAAAACUCUAAGGAAGUUGAUUUGUCUGAAUCUUUUACAGAUGCGAAUCUGGCCUUCCUGGCAAAGAAUUAUGCCCGAUUCUUAAAAAAGAACUUCAAGAAAUCUAAUCCUGGUAAUAAGGAAAAUUCUACUGGAAGGAACUUCCCUGGUCCUAACCGACAAUCCCAACAACCAGAAAAGAAACGAAAAGGGAUUCAGUGUCACGAAUGCUCAGGUUUUGGUCACAUACAGGCAGAAUGUGCAAAUACACUUAAGAAAAAGAAGGCCUUGGCUGUCACAUGGAGUGAUAGUGAAGAAGAAGAGGCUAGUGAUGAAUCGAAGGAUGAUAAGUCUGUAAUGGCAUUUAUGGUCAGGGAAUCUGUCCCUGAAGAAGUUGAGGGAGAUGACUCCUUGUCUGAUUCUGAAUCAACAGCUGAUGAGAAAAAUAAGGCUUAUGAGGAAAUGUUUGCCCAAUGGGGCUAUAUGGCUAAGAGAGUGAAGGAACUACAGGAUCUGAACAAAGCUCUUGAUGAUAGUAAAUGUGAACUAGAAGAUAAGCUCAAGAAGAUGACAUUGGAGUUGUGUUCCAAAGACAGUGAGAUAUACAAAUUGACUUCUGAACUUGUGAGAGCAAAGCAGUCCCUUUCUCAUGUUCCCUCGGGCACUGCUGCACUGAAUCAAGCUCUCCAAAAUCAGAAGCCGUAUGGAGACAGAACAUCUAUUGGAUACAAACUGUUAUACAAUCAAGGGAAUGAUUUGACUAUUGAAGAUAACUCAGCUUCAUCCUCUGGUGAUAAAAUAAAGUUUGUGUCUGCCUCUACUACCAUCAAGGAUGAUCAACCAGAGAAAAAACCUGAUGAAUCUAAGCCCAACUCUUUCAAAAGAGGUCCUAUGAGUGAAAAAUCAAGAGACAAACAGGUUGAUCGAUUUGUUCCAACGUGUCACUUCUGCAAUAAAAGAGGACACAUCAGGCCAAGAUGUUACAAACUCCGAACUUACUUGACAAACCUUAUCAAUAGGAAAUCUGGCCACGGUAAUUUCUCUUUUGCCCCUCAACACGGAACUAAGAAGAAGAGGAAAUCCAAACGUGAAAAUCUGGCUCUUGUUGCUCAUACCUCCCUGUCAGCUAUGAAAGAUAACUGCUGGUACUUUGAUAGUGGAUGCUCACGACACAUGACAGGUUCCUGCAAUGAUCUUAAGAACUUUCAUUCAUCCAAAGAAGGGUUUGUCACCUUUGGUGAUGGAAAUAAAGGGGAGAUUAUGGGGCAGGGUGAUCUAGAUCUCUUGGAUGUCUUCUCUCUGACAGGCGUGCUAUUCGUGAAAGGACUGAAAGCAAACUUAAUUAGCAUCAGUCAACUAUGUGAUGCUAACUAUGAUGUGAACUUCACCAAGACACAAUGCUUAGUCUCAUCUGAUGGGAAAACAGUUCUCGGAGGGAACAGAACGGCUGAUCACUGCUAUGUUCUGACCAAUCAAGUAAAAUGCCACAGGGUGUUCUUGGAUAAACCUGAUUUAUGGCACUACAGACUGGGGCACCUAAACUACAGAGACUUAAAGAAGAUUGUUUCCAUCAAAGCUGUCCGUGGGAUUCCUGAAUUCAGAUUGGGAAGAGAUAGGGUGUGUGGUCCCUGCCAACAAGGUAAACAAAUUAAGUCCUCUCAUCCUCCUAUAAAUGCCCUCCUUACUUCCAAAGUACUAGAAUUAGUUCAUGUUGAUCUAAUGGGUCCAAUGCAAACUGCAAGCAUUGCGGGGAAACGGUAUGUGAUGGUGUGUGUAGAUGACUUCUCAAGAUACACUUGGGUAAACUUCCUCAAAGAAAAAUCAGAUACCUUUGGAGCCUUCUCCUCUCUGUGUCUGCAGCUGCAAAAUGAAAAGGGUGUCACCAUUGGCAAGAUUUAUCGGUUCAGAAGCGAUCAUGGGAAGGAAUUUGAAAACGACAUAUUUGCUCAAUUCUGUAAUAAAAUGGGUAUUAGCCAUGAGUUCUCUGCACCUAAGACUCCACAGCAGAAUGGGAUCGUAGAACGCAAAAAUAGAACUCUUCAGGAGAUGGCUCGGGUCAUGCUGUGUGCAAAGGGUGUGGCUAUCCGGUUUUGGGCCGAAGCUGUGAAUACUGCAUGUUAUAUAUGUAAUCGAGUUCAUCUGCGAACUGGUGCAUCUCAAACUCCUUACGAACUGUGGAAAGGCAAGACUCCUAAUCUGAGCCAUGUACAUAUAUUUGGGUGUACCUGUUACAUACUCAAUGAUCGUGAUCAUCUUGGAAAAUUUGAUGCUCGGAGUGAUGAAGGAAUUUUCCUUGGAUACUCGACUAACAGCCGUGCGUAUAGGGUGUACAACAAACGAACUUUUACAGUCAUGGAAUCAAUGAAUGUAAAGUUUGACGACUUGGAGGUGUCAGACAAUGGGUCUGGAUCUGGAGAGGAAGAUUCCCAUGACCCAUAUAUCCCAUCACUCCCUCUGGUUACACUUAAUCAAGAAACACCAGAGAUAACACCAUCUAACAGCCAACCAGUCUCAUCUGCCAAUGAUGGUACCUCAUCUGUUGAUUCUAUGGGAGAUGACGCCAUCUCAAAGACUCGGCCCCAUCAGCAAGGAUGCAAUGUCCUCACCUCACUCUCGAUUAUAUAA